GGCCUGCUGUAGUUCCGCUGUUGCGUGCGACUGUCUCCAUUCACAUGGUAAUGCGACGUCACUAUAUGUGCGACGCGCGCUCGAUGUCUGCACUCGCGCGCUCACCCUCUAGUCGAACUCACUCACUCGGGCACUCAUCCAGUCACUCAGUCGUCAUGUGGCGCUGGUCGUGCGUGGCGCUGCUGCUCUCGUCGCUACUGCUGCUGUGGGGCGGCGCGGACGCUUCGCCUUUCUUCGGCCUGCUGAGCCUGCUGUCCGGCGGCGCGGCGAACGGCACGGGUCUGCUGGAGUCGCUGGCGCUGGCGCACCUGCAGCAGAAGAUCAACAAGCUGCAGGUGCUGGGCGACCUGCUCGCCAUCGCCGCCAACUCCACCGGGUGAAGCUGUGUGCAGCCGCCGACCCGCCCCGACCCGCCGCCACCACUCGCCUGAUGACUCCUCGCUGUAUUGUUUGUUAAAUUAUUCAUUGUUAUGUACUACAUGCCUAAUUUAUUAUAAGUAUGUAAUAUAUUUUGUUACAACAUUAUGCUGAGUACUUAUUAACUACUGGAACUCAGUACCUAUGGAGGUCUGUCGUGCGACCCGCAGCACGCAUGCGACUUCUGUGUUGCAUGUCAUAGAUGCAACCAAGCUCGCGUGCGGAUAAUAAACCGUGUGGUAAAAAAAUCCUUCAAAAAAAUCAUGAAAUAAACUUUUAGAAAAAAUCUAAUUAUAUAUUGACAUUUUCAACUAUUGCCAGGUUACUGCACUAGUCAUUUUAUAAGUACAUAAGAGGAGUAAAUAAUAAAGUAUACUAGGUGUUGAUUUGCAUCUGUGCAAUAUUCAAGGAUGUAAUUAUUAUGCUAAUGAUUCUCGACCCAAAUCAACAAAAAAAUUGGUACAUAUUUUUUUUCUACUUCUUUUUACCUCCUUAUAUACUUCCUUAUGUACUCCCCUUAUUAACUUCCUUAUGUACUCCUAUAAUGUCCUAUGAUUUGUCAGAUUUGGUAAUUUUCAGUGUUGGUGAUUUGUCAGAUUUGGGUAUUUGGAGUGUUGGUUAUUUGUCAGUCAAUCAUAUGUUUGGUCGUUACUUGGUAGCCGUGACGUGUAUCAGAUCAUCUGACAUCAGUAUCAACAAGCUCAAGCACAUCAUUUGUAAUAAUUAUGUUGAAGAAGUCGAAUUCGCAGUUUCUUUAUAUAAAAACAUAUCUUAUUAGGCCGCGGCCGCCUUCACAUUACGUCACAAGCAGUGCGGCGGCAGUGGAUGAUGAUGAUUGAAAUAUUUCAUUAAUAAUGGAUAAGACAUAUGUAUUUACAAUUAAAUUUAAACUAUUAGUAGAUAAAUGAUUUUUUUUUGUGGAAAGCGAACAAAUGGUAUGUUUGCUAUAUUUUUGAAUAGGGAAAUUGUAUCCACUUAGUUUUCUACAUUAGUAUAAAAUAAACAUUAUUCUUUAAACAUGUUUAUCUACUGUUGAACAACUUCAUACAUAAAACUAAUAUUUACUAAUUGUCGGGUCGUCA